UGGUCAUCAAUCAAACGUUGUUGUGAAACGGCCGCUUUUAUUUUGAUAAAUUUAAAUUAUCUGAGAACUAUUAUUGAUAUUAGGUAAAAAUGUCCCGUAAUCCUAAGUUAGAAGAAUUUGAAAUUGAAACGAAACCGACAAGAUCUAUUAGAAGAGGAAAUGUUUCUAAUUUCUUUUAUGAUUCGAAUACAGGCGCUUUUUUGGGAAGGACUGCUGAAAGUUGGUGUAAAAUUAUAUUAUUCUACGUAAUAUUCUAUGCUGUUCUUGGAGCUCUCUUCAUGAUCUGCAUGGUAACAUUCAAGGAGCAAUUUAUCAAUCCUCGUGUACCACGUCUGCAACAAGACAGGGGACUGAUUGGCACCAGUCCAGGCCUUGGUUUCCGGCCUCUUCCACCUGAUGUCCGGAGCACCCUCAUCUGGUACAAAGGCACCAGCUAUGAGAGCUAUAAGUAUUGGGAAGAUGAACUUAUUAAGUUCUUGAAAGUUUACAAGAUGAAAGGGCAGACCGCUGGCGCUGGUCAGAAUAUCUUCAACUGUGGCUUCCGCAGCCCGCCCCCACCGGGCAAGGUGUGCGACGUCGACAUACGAGCUUGGGAGCCGUGCAUUGAGGAGAACCACUUCUCCUUCCACAAGUCAUCGCCAUGCAUUUUUUUAAAGUUGAACAGGAUAUACGGCUGGCGGCCGGAGUUCUACAACGACACGACAAAUCUGCCUCGCGAGAUGCCGCACGAGCUGCAGACACACAUCAAGAACAUCACACAGUACAAUAGAGACUACGCCAACAUGGUGUGGGUGUCGUGUGAGGGGGAGACUCCGGCUGAUAAGGAGAACAUCGGUGUGGUGCGUUAUCUACCCUACGCUGGCUUCCCCGGGUAUUUCUACCCUUACACGAACGCCGAGGGUUAUCUUAGUCCCCUGGUCGCUGUUCAUCUCGUCAGGCCUAAAACGGGUAGAGUUAUAAAUAUAGAGUGUCGGGCUUGGGCUAAAAACAUAAAGUACGACAGGCGGGAGAAAUUAGGUACCGUCCAUUUUGAAGUUAUGAUCGAAUAGUGUUCAUUGUACUGGAUAUUUUGAACUAUUUGAUGAAUACGUUUAGAUUUAUUUUUUAUUGUAAGAAAAUGUAG